AGUCUUCCAUUCCAAUAUUCCGACGAGAUUAUUUUGUGCGUUGAAAUCGAUCGUGACUGUUUAAUUUGUGCGGAAUUAAAUUAAAAUCCAAGAACACCAGUGAUAUCUACUACACAGAAAUCAGAACCAUAUAAAAUGAAGCAACUAACUUCAUUACUUUUUACAGUAUGUAUAUUUUCCUAUGUACAAUCUGCUAUCAAUCUUCCUGAAGAAGAUGUUGGCAACGGCAGAUAUUCUAUUGAAGGAAAAGUAUUUCCACCAGAAGAACAAGACCUAGGGCCUUGGCAAGUUGAUACACGUAUCCAUGUAAAUGGUGGCGAAUACAUUGGCUUCAUAAGAGAUGAUGGCUCAUUCGUCAUACACAAUGUGCCAUCGGGCUCAUACGUUGUUGAAAUCUUGCACCCUGACUACAUAUACGAACCAAUCAGAGUAGAGAUCAACUCUAAGGGGAAGUACAGAGCCAGGAAAGUUAACUACAUACAAACAUCACAGGUUAUCCAAGUGCCUUACCCACUGAGACUCAAAGCUUUGUCAAAAUUCAGGUAUUUCCAAGUUAGAGAGCAAUGGCGAUUGACUGACUUCCUGUUCAACCCUAUGGUUAUUAUGAUGGUGCUGCCACUGCUGUUCAUCAUGAUUUUACCUAAAAUGAUGAAUGACCCUGAGACCAAGGAGGACUUGAAGCAAAUAAGCAACUUAGCAAAGAUGUCGGAGAUGCCUGAAAUGUCAGAGAUGUUCACUUCAUUGUUCAGUGGUGGUGCUGCGGCCAAGGCUUCUUCAACUUCUAAAGCCAAACAAAUAAAGAAAAGGCAGUAGCAUUAUUCUAGUUCAAUAUUAUUGAUAAGUAUUUAUGGUCAAUAAGUUUAUUGAUAUGUAUAGUGAUGUAAAAAUUAAAUAAAUUGAUAAAUGAA